GUUCUACUUGACUUGCACCACUCGGACUGGGCUUACUGUAUGCCCUCUAGUACUAUUUCUAGAAAAGCUACGAUCGAUCGCCGCGUGUUCUCUCGCUGCCAGUUUCUCUUCCAAGUACAAUUCUUAUUGUGACAUUCUAACUUGGUUACUAACUAAAGCCGUCGUCAGUGCUCGGAAGCAGAGGUGCAGCACGCCGGGCCAACGUGUCCCUCUGGUGUGAGCGGACACAGUUCUUGCUCGCAGACUCAAGGGGUAUCUGGGGUGACGAAGAUGGCGGACGACGGGUUUGCGCCGUGGUCUAUGACCACGGCCCAGGUGCUGUCGCACUUGGACGUGGACCCGAAGACGGGAUUGACGGACCAGAAGGUCGAGGAGAAGCGCGCCACGUAUGGCUACAACGAGCUUGAGAAGGAGUCCAAGCAGAGCAUCUGGGCUAUGAUUGUGGAGCAGUUUGAGGACACGCUCGUGCGGAUCCUGCUGCUGGCGGCGGUGGUGUCGUUCGCGCUGGCCUACUUCGAGGAGGGCGCGCACGAGGAGGGCCUGCGCGCCUUCAUCGAGCCGCUGGUGAUCCUGCUCAUCCUCAUCCUGAACGCCGGCGUGGGCGUGUGGCAGGAGAGCAACGCCGAGUCGGCGCUGGAGGCGCUCAAGGAGCUGCAGACCGAGACGGCGCACGUGACGCGCAAUGGCAAGAUGGUGUCCGACCUGCCUUCUCGCGAGCUGCUGCCGGGCGACAUCGUGCACCUGCACGUGGGUGACCGCGUGCCCGCCGACUGCCGCGUGCUGGCGCUGCGCACCGCCACCUGCCGCGUGGAGCAGGCCAGCCUGACGGGCGAGUCGGUGGCGGUGAACAAGGGCAGCGACCCCGUGGCCGACCCCAACUGCGAGCUGCAGUCCAAGGAGUGCAUGCUGUUCGCGGGCACCGCCAUCGCCAACGGCAGCUGCUCUGCUGUGGUGACGUCCAUCGGCAUGGGCACCGAGAUCGGCAAGAUCCAGGAGCAGAUCUCGGCCGCCGCCAAGGAGGACGAUGACACGCCGCUCAAGAAGAAGCUGGACGAGUUUGGCGAGAUGCUGGCCAAGGUCAUCGCCGCCAUCUGUGUGGUGGUGUGGCUCAUCAACUACGAGCACUUCGUCACGUUCACCUGGAAGCCCGAGGGCGGCCUGCCCGGGGUGGCCUUCAACUUGUCCAAGGCCACCUACUACUUCAAGAUCGCGGUGGCUCUGGCCGUGGCCGCCAUCCCCGAGGGCCUGCCCGCCGUCAUCACCACCUGCCUGGCUCUAGGCACACGCACCAUGGCCAAGAAGAACGCCAUCGUGCGCAAGCUGCCCUCCGUGGAGACCCUGGGAUGCACCACCGUCAUCUGCUCCGACAAGACCGGCACCCUCACCACCAACCAGAUGAGCGCUGUGGCCCUGGCCGCCAUGGGCUCGGACGGCGCCAGCGUGCGGCGCUGGGCGGUGGCGGGACACACCUACUGCCCCGACGACGGCGAGGUGGUGGGGCUGGGGCACGCGGCGGCGCUGGACAAGGCGCUGCAGACUGUGGCCGAGGUGUGCGCCGUGUGCAACGAGGCGCACCUGGAGUUCAAGGGCAGCGCCUUCCGCGCCGUGGGCGCACCCACCGAGGCCGCGCUGCUGGUGCUGGCGGAGAAGCUGGGCGUGGCGGACCCCGCGGAGACCGCUGCUGCCCGCAAGAAGCGCACCGCCACGCCCGAGGAGCACCCGCAGCCCGUGUGCUCCGAGUACAGGUCGCGCGCCCCCGUCCAGGCCCUGCUGGAGUUUGACCGCGACCGCAAGUCCAUGUCGGUGCUGGUGCGCCCCGCCGGGGCCGCCCGCAACGCGCUGCUGGUCAAGGGCGCCGCCGAGUGCGUCAUCGACCGCUGCAACCGCAUGAUGCUGCCCGACGGCCGCGUGGUGCCCCUGACGCCCGUGGCGCGCGCCGCCGUGCUGGGCGCCGUCAAGGACAUGGCGCGGGACGCCCUGCGCUGCCUGGCGCUGGCGGUCAAGCCCGACCCGCCCGCCCCUCUGUCCGACUGGGACGGCUCUGACGCGGAGCACUCGCCCGCGGGCCGCCUGCUGCGCGACCCCGCCACCUACGCCGCCGUGGAGAGCGAGCUGGUGCUGGUGGGGCUGACGGGCCUGCAGGACCCGCCGCGCCCCGAGGUGCGCCCCGCCAUUGAGAGCUGCAAGGCCGCCGGCAUCCGCGUCAUGGUCAUCACCGGCGACAACAAGGACACCGCGGAGGCCAUCUGCGGCAAGAUCGGCGUGUUCGAGGCCGGUGACGACGUGUCCCUCUACAGCUACACAGGCCGCGACUUCGUGUCGCUGCCCCGCGAGCGCCAGAUGGAGAUCCUGGCCUCCGCCCCCGCCAUGUGCUUCAGCCGCGCAGAGCCCCGCCACAAGCAGGACAUUGUGCGGCUGCUCAAGGAGCAGGGCGAGGUGACGGCCAUGACGGGCGACGGCGUGAACGACGCCCCCGCGCUCAAGCUGGCGGACAUUGGCGUGGCCAUGGGCAUCGCGGGCACGGAGGUGGCCAAGGAGGCCAGCGACAUGGUGCUGGCGGACGACAACUUCAGCUCCAUCGUGGCGGCGGUGGCGGAGGGCCGCGCCAUCUACAACAACAUGAAGGCCUUCAUCCGCUACAUGAUCAGCUCCAACAUUGGCGAGGUGGCCUCCAUCUUCCUCACCGCCGCCCUGGGCCUGCCCGAGGGGCUCAUCCCCGUGCAGCUGCUCUGGGUGAACCUGGUGACUGACGGCCCGCCCGCCACGGCGCUGGGCUUCAAUGCGCCCGACAAGGACAUCAUGAGCAAGCCGCCUCGCCGCGCCAACGACCAGCUCAUCACGCCCUGGGUGUUCUUCCGCUACAUGGUCAUCGGAGGAUACGUGGGCGUGGCCACGGUGGGCGCCUUCGUGUCCUGGUACAUGUACGACCGCUUCAUGGGCAUCGACCUGUCGCGCGACGGCCACAGCACCGUGACCUGGGAGCAGCUCACGAACUGGCAGUCCUGCCGCGAGUGGGGCAACUUCACAGCCAAGCCCUACCUGCUGCAGGGCGGCGGUGUGGUGUCCUUCCCGCACCCCUGCGAUUACUUCACCGCGGGCAAGGCCAAGGCCUCCACGCUGUCGCUGUCCGUCAUCGUGGCCAUUGAGAUGUUCAACGCCCUCAACGCGCUGUCCGAGGACGGCAGCCUGCUGACCAUGCCGCCCUGGGCCAACCCCUGGCUGCUGCUGGCCAUCGCCAUCUCCAUCAGCCUGCACUGCGUCAUCCUGUACGUGCCCUUCCUGGCCGACGUGUUCGCCAUCGUGCCGCUGUCCUGGCCCGAGUGGCAGCUGGUGCUGCUGUGGUCCGCCCCCGUGGUGCUGCUGGACGAGGUGCUCAAGGCCGUGGGCCGGCUGCUGCACGCCAACACGGGCAGCGACGCCAGCCGCAAGCGCGCCGCGGCCGCGGCCGCCAAGAAGGCGGAAUGAAGGGGAGGAUGGACCGAGGAGAGGAUGAGAGACAGGUGGGAGAGGACGUAGGGAGGGAGCAGAGGGGAUAGGGUGGAGAUGUUGGGAGUGGUGAUGGUUUGCUGGAGUAGGUGAAGAGACAAAGAGAGAGCGGAUUCGGACCGUUUGCCUUUUUGAGUGGCGCGCGGCGUAGCGGUGUUUUUGGUUGAUGCGUGUGGGGGCGGGCGGGUGAGCCAGUGGGCACUGAAUACAAUCUUGCGCUGGUGGCGUGCCAGCUAGAUGGUGACAGCGUUCAGGACGACGUUGACGGAGGAGGCGCCAAGACAGGCAGCGGGGUAUGCUGCGGUAGAGAGGUCAGGGCGCGCGCUAGGGGUGGACCGCCGAAUGACGCAGGAAUCGACGUGUCGCCUAGCCGCCGGAGCGAGCCAAGAGCAAGAGCCAGGUCGGGAAUCACACAUCGGACAACUCACACGAGCACCCGAGAGUUGAGAGAUCGUGUUGAGGGGGCGUGCAUCGGUGGACGCCGAGCGCCGGUGUGCGUGUUUAACAGGUGCCUGCA